AACCUGGCAAUACAGGACAAAGUCAGACUGAUGACAAAUCUUACUGCGAAGAAUACAGCUGAGGGGCAGUUUAAUGUAGACCAGAUGCUCCAUCAGGAGGAAAUGGACACCAAGCUCCAGUAUUACUCUGUAAAGUCUGAAGGACACCCUAUUAGUUUACCUGAUCAGCGUCCAGAUCUCCAGACUUCCUCACAAAGCUCACCUUGUUCUACCAUGACAUUUAAGGAGGAACCAUUUACAGCUGACAAUAAAGGCUGUCAUCAGCGUCCAGAUAUCCAGACUCCCUCACAAUGCUCUCCUUGUUCUACCAUGACAUUUAAGGAGGAACCAUUAUUUACAGCUGACAAUAAAGGCUGUCAUCAGCGUCCAGAUAUCCAGACUUCCUCACAAUGCUCUCCUUGUUCUACCAUGACAUUUAAGGAGGAACCAUUAUUUACAGCUGACAAUAAAGGCUGUGAUCAGCGUCCAGAUAUCCAGACUUCCUCACAAUGCUCUCCUUGUUCUACCAUGACAUUUAAGGAGGAACCAUUAUUUACAGCUGACAAUAAAGGCUGUGAUCAGCGUCCAGAUAUCCAGACUUCCUCACAAUGCUCUCCUUGUUCUACCAUGACAUUUAAGGAGGAACCAUUAUUUACAGCUGACAAUAAAGGCUGUGAUCAGCGUCCAGAUCUCCAGACUUCCUCACAAUGCUCUCCUUGUUCUACCAUGAUAUUUAAGGAGGAACCAUUAUUUACAGCUGACAAUAAAGGCUGUGAUCAGCGUCCAGAUCUCCAGACUUCCUCACUAAUCUCGUCUUGUUCUGGUGUGACAACUGAGGAGGAAACAGUGAUUAUAACUGAUGAGAAUGGCUAUAUCAUCGACAGACUUACUAUGACAUCACACUCUUCCUCCAGUGGUGACAACAGCAGAAAUUUAACUGAAGAAACUUGUGGUACAUCACAGAGCAGAGAGACCAGGCUGUGCAACGAAGGGUAUUAUCCGUGUGACAGAAUAGAGAAACCAUUUAGAUGUAGCUGGUGUGAUUACAGAUGUAAUGAGGAGAGUACCCUAAAUUUACACAUCAGAAUUCACACAGGGGAGAAGGAGUUUAAAUGUACCUGGUGUGAUUACAGUUGCAACUAUAAAAGUACUCUGGUUAUCCAUAUGAGAGCUCACACUGGAGAGAAACCGUUCAAAUGUACCAGGUGUGAUUACAAAUGCAGGGAUCACAGUGCUUUAGCUAAGCACAAUAGAACGCACACAGGAGAGAAACCGUACAGAUGUACUUGGUGUGAUUACAGGUGUAAAGAUAAGAGUAAUUUACUGAGUAAAUUUAAUGAAACGCCGUGUUCAAGCCGGGGCACCCUCUCCUCUCUUGGGUUUGGUCGGAUAAGGAUAGAUGGGAUAUGGUGGGUUUGGUUGGAUAAGGAUAGAUUGGAUAUGGUGGGUUUGGUCGGAUAA